GUUGGUCUUAAUUACUCCACCUGGGGCUUCGUGUCCGUGUUUUUACAUCAGGAAGUGUUCCGUGUAGACCACGAUGCCGUCCACCGUAAAGAGCCUCAAAGUCACCUAUAAGCCCGUGAAUGAGGACAACACGUUUACGAGUGGCGACUGCGUGUCCGGCGAGGUCUCGCUGGAGUUGGCCAAAGAAUGCUCCAUCGACGCGCUGUCGGUCAAACUCAAAGGGAAGGCGGAGGUCUUGUGGAGCGAGAGGCACGGGCAGACCACUGUUGUUUACCACGCCAAGGACAAGUACUUCAGCCUCAAGCAUUUCUUCAUUCAAGACAAAGAUGCCAAAGGAAAUGACGACCAGACACGACUGACAGACCACGGAGAUGAUAAAUACAACCGUGUUGUUGCCGCAGGAUAUCAUGUUUACCCAUUCAGCUUUCAGGUGCCUUACCAGAAUCUGCCCUCCUCCUUUAAAGGCUCUGCUGGUAAAAUUGUGUACUUGCUGGAAGCCAAGCUGAGCAGAUCCAUGAGGAUCCCCACCAAAGAUUCAACAAAGAUCAACUUUGUGUCGAAGGAGGCGGAGACCAUCGACCCUGAGCUGAUGAAACCACAGCACGAGUCUAAGGACAAGAAAAUGAAAGUGUUCAACUCUGGAACGGUAGCCAUGGAUGUGAAUCUUGAAAAAACAGGAUUCUUCCAAGGAGAGGGGUUAAAAGUUAUCGCCCGCAUUCAGAACAACUCAUCUCGCCCGAUCAAGCUCAAGUACUGUGUGUACAGAAAGCACUCCUUCUUCGCAAAAGGGAAGCGAAAUGUCAUCACUAAAGACCUCCUUAAAGAGGUGGGUGAGCCCAUCCCUCCGUCUGCUGAAGAAAAGUUCACAAGGGUCAUCCCCAUCCCCUUUGAUGUGGAGCCCUCCAUCGAGAACUGCAGUAUCAUCAAAGUGGAGUACAGACUCAGGGUGUACCUCGAUGUCAAAUACGCCUCAGACCCAGAGAUCAAAUUUCCCAUCGUUAUCCUGCCGGCCCGUCUGGUUCCUGCUGCUUGUGGCUUUGGAUUUGAGAGCACAGAGCCGAUAGCCUGGGGCUUCGGACCGCCAGCAGCACCCGCACCGUCGGGUGCCCCGCCUCCCUAUGGAGCAUACGGAAUGUUCCCCCCUAUCCAGGAUUUUGACAAAAAAUGUCAGUGACGGGACGAUGAAACUACUUUGUAAUUUUAAGAGCAUGAACUAAAGAGUGUUACUUUAUGAAUUCA